UCAACAUCGCGUGCGUACGAUUACCCACUCCCACUCCGGUUAUUCACGUUUUUGUAAGCAUGAAGUCACAGUUAUUUGUCCUGGGAGACGGAGAAUUCAGGUGCAGGUGUUAAGACAUCCAGCUCCAUAAUCACCACAAACUGGAGCAGGAAGGAACCGAGGAGCUGUAGGAAAAAAAAAAAAUCACGUGACGUAAAAACUAUUCUCUCCCCGGAUGAUAUACACCAGACGCCCAUUCCUCGUUUUCUCGAUCUCGAAGAGGGUCCCACCUGAUGCUGAUUGUCGACGGGUCUGAUCGUGCCUAUGAGUCUGUCCGUGGGACAUUGAUAGGGUAGACACUAGAGUGAAUUUCGCCAGUAGAUGAUGAGACAGACCUCGCAUGCUUUGCUGCUCGCCUUUCGAUUGUUUCCGCCGUUACCCGUCACGCCACUAGAAUAUUCAUGAUCUCGGGAUUAUGUCGAGAAACCAUUUCGAGUGAUCUUGAUCGGGGGAGGAAUGGUUACUCGGAAAUUACUGGGUGCAACAAGGUUAUCGUCCAGGGCGGAGAGAGAACAACUCCAGGGGUUAUAACACGUCAAACGGUAUUAUCGCUCGGUGAUGAUCGAGCCUUCUCACCCGUUGCUCGCCAACGGCACUCACGAUGUUGGAACUUUCUCAGCGGUGGAAAGCCUUACGGGAUGGGUUGCACAUAUGACUCGAGUGGGUUUGUGCUCUCACGCAGAUAAAAGCCGGACCGAAGACGUCUCUCAUACAUUAAUGUCAGGACUCGGUAUCUCACUGCACCAGGGGGUGGAAGCACGGAGCUGACCCGGUGAGAAUCUCACUAUGAGGAAGAAUGAGAUGUAAAUGGAUAUCUGAUGGACGAAUAUUGAAUAACUAGUGAGUCUAGUCCGAAGAUCGGUAAAUUAAUAAUAUGAAUAUUCAUCAGUUUUUGAAACUCCCAUAUUGAUUCACGUCCCAUGUUACCAUUUGACAAAUUAUAGUUGGAUCAAUUCUACAAUUUCUAUAGUUCAAAUUUUUUCUCUCAAUGCGAGAACAAUUUUCGCUGAGAAAAUGAUCACGUUGCGGUGUAAAUUCUCUUCUUCAUCCACAAGUAAGUUGAUUCAACUCACCAGAAGGUGCUUCAGAAAAACAUAUAAUUUUUCCGAGGAACAAAUGUUUUUCUCCAUGCGACUGAAGGAAACCCUCUUAAUACGAUACAUGAAACAUCUCCAGAAUUCAUCAACAAGUUUUAUCCACAAAAAUUCCGCCCUCACCCAUAAAUCACGCUUCGUAAAUCAUUCCCCUUCGUCCGUGGGUGUUGGAGUUUUAAUGACCAUAAGAAAUAAUAGUAUUAGACUCUCGUACCGGUGUUAUUUCUCACAUAACAAUUUACAUCGCGAAACCGAUGGUAAUGAUUCUCCUGAAUCUGGAUG